GGCGCUGGCCGCGGUGCUGAAGCAGCGCUCUCGAAGGAGGGAGGAAUGAGGGGCCGGGCCGCGGCGAAGAGGCGGAGCUCUCUGGAGCUCUAAGCUGGAAAGCGGGGGGAGGGGGAGGGCGGCGCCAGUAGGCCUGAGACCCUGGCAGACUGGAGAGGAGGCAGGAGACCGGAGACAGCCUGGCUAGAGCGGACAAAGGCAUCUGGACAAGCCUCCCCUGAAGAAACCAAGGUUGUCUUACUGGUCUUAUUUAUUAAUCCUCUUUCUUCUACCUUGGAGGGACCCUCACCUUGUACCCUUACCUCAGCCUCCUCCCCAAACCUGGCUAAGGAGUGACCCACUCCUAGGCCUCUGUCUGCAAAGUAACUGGCUUACAGUCCACAGGAUCCCAGCCCAGGGCCUACAUCCUCACCAUGGUGAAGUUGCUGCCUGCCCAGGAGGCAGCCAAGAUCUACCAUACCAACUAUGUGCGCAACUCAAGGGCUGUGGGUGUGAUGUGGGGCACGCUCACCAUCUGCUUCUCGGUACUGGUCAUGGCCCUCUUCAUCCAGCCCUACUGGAUCGGUGACAGUGUUAACACACCCCAGGCAGGCUACUUUGGCCUUUUCUCCUACUGUGUGGGCAACGUGCUGUCCUCUGAACUCAUUUGCAAGGGUGGCCCGCUGGACUUCUCCUCCAUUCCCUCUAGAGCCUUCAAGACUGCCAUGUUUUUUGUGGCCUUGGCCAUGUUCCUCAUCAUUGGCUCCAUCAUCUGCUUUAGCCUCUUCUUCGUCUGCAACACGGCCACUGUCUACAAGAUCUGCGCAUGGAUGCAGCUGGCUGCAGCCACAGGCCUGAUGAUUGGCUGCCUGGUCUAUCCAGAUGGUUGGGACUCAAAUGAGGUGCGGCGCAUGUGUGGGGAGCAGACGGGCAAGUACACACUGGGUCAAUGCACCAUCCGCUGGGCCUUCAUGCUGGCCAUCCUCAGCAUCGGAGAUGCCCUCAUCCUCUCCUUCCUGGCCUUUGUGCUGGGCUACCGGCAGGACAAGCUCCUUCCUGAUGACUACAAGGCAGAUGGAAAAGAGGAAGUCUGAAGCAGCUGAAG